GCCAGGGACUGCUGAGCUGCCGUGCGCUGGUGCGCUGCCUCCAGCACCCGGAGACCCAGAAGGCUCGGGGUAUCCCCAGAGCCGCUUCCAUGCUAUGUACCGGAGUAUCGUGCAAGAUGGCCUCCACGCGUUGCAGGCACCGAGCUCCGAGCACUACGACCUGGGCGACAAGUCGCGGCUCGCAGAUUUUCUCAUUGAUGCAGACAUUCGCCUAGUGACCCUGACUGCACUGGGCUGGUUGUACGGAGUAGGUGUGCUUUUUUGCCUGAGCCUUUGUUUGCAGGUACGUGCGGAGUUCCUGAAGAAGCUCCACCGGAGCGGGCUUCGUUUCCCGCGCCGCCAGGAAGCGGAGGCGGCUUAUGUCGGCAGCCGCACGGCGUUGGUCACACACGAAGAGCUGCGCGACUGGGCCGAAGGCCGUCCGACCGAGAUCGGCCGCAUCGUUUCAUUAUCGCACUGCUGGGAGGCCCGGGAGCACGCCGACCCUUACGGGUACCAGCUCGAGAAACUCGCAGGAGCUCUUGAGGAUGGCGACUGCGUCUUUAUCGAUUACAUCUCGCUGUACCAGUUCAAGAGGCUGCGCCGCAGCGAGGAGUCAAGCUUCCGAAAAGCAAUGUGCAACAUGCACGUGCUUUAUUCGCACGAGCACACGCGCACGUUGCGCAUCGAGAGGCUGACGCCGGAAGACCGGGUAAAGGACGCGAAGCUCAAGAGCAAGUCAAUCGAAAUAUACCACGCAUCCAGUGGUUUUGUGAGGCAUGUUUUGCUAAGGGACUUAGUGGAGAACCGCACUCCCUACUGCAAGCGCGGGUGGUGUUAUGCUGAGAUGCAGUGGUCCAGCACACGAAGCGCCUCGCACCUCUCGCGAGAAGUGGACAGCUCGGAGGACGAUGCGGCCGGAGUGGCUCCCAUGAGCCCGGAGACAUUCCGAACCACAGUCGCUGACAGCCUCAAGUUCACGCAUCGCAGCGAUGCAGAAGAGGUAAUUAAACUGCAGGAGCGAGUCUUCAAAGAGAAGGCCUCGAGCUGCGAAACGCUCAGCCUCUCUCACCUUAGCGCGGCAGCGCUGGGAGUCGGCCUUGAAGCUCUCAGCGAAUAUCCGAUGCUGGAGAGCCCCGGCAUGCACAGCGACACAUUCCGCCAGCAGUUCUGCAGUCUCAGCUUUAACAAUUCCGACGGCGCAGGGCAGGGCAACGAAGCACUGCAGAUUGUUGUGUUGCAGAAGAAGCUGACAGAGCUGCAGUUGGACCAAGUGGUGAUCACCGACGAUGUCGUGAGCCAGGUAGCCGAGGUGCUCCACGAGAAUCAGACCCUGAAGCGUCUGAGCCUGCGCGGCUGCCACCUCAAGGACCAAGGAGGUCUCCUCCUCGUAGAGGCACUGCGGACGAACCGGAUGCUCGAGAAGCUGGAUGUCACCGAGAACCAUAUUCCGAAGUCUGCGCUGGCGAUGGCGUCUGCGAUCGCAGCCAAGCAGGUCACAUGUGCUGUGUCUCAUGAGCUUGUGGAGUUCCUUCAGCGAGCCGCGCAG